AUGAACACAACCGCCAGAUUGACUUUCCAUAUUCCCAGCGACGAAGCCGCCAUAAAGAAUACCACCAGCAACAUGCGCGACACCACCAACAUCCGCGACAACACCAACCGCGACGAUCUCACAAUCAGCAUUCAAGACCUCCCACCCGAGCUCUUCGAAAUGGUGCUCGACUUCGUCCUAAACCCCAACGAAACAACCACCUCAAUCACAACCUACACCCUCCCCGCCCAACUCCACCUCUCGCGCGCCACCCGCGCCCUCUUCGCCGCCCGCUACUACCCAACCAUCACCUUCAGAUACCCACACAACAACUCGAACUUCAUGGUGCGGAUUCUUCAAUCGAUGCCGAGAAGUCACCGGUUGUUGGUCAAUAGUAUCCAGGCCGUUGGCGCGUGGUCUGAUUUCGAUGCUGAAUUCGACUUGGGGUUUUGGUGGAUUGCGUUUGCGGAGGGAGGGAAGGGGGAGGAGAGGAUGUUGAGGGAGGGGGCGAGUGUGCGGGCGGGUGAGGAGGAGGAGGAGAAAUGA